AUGGAAGAGUUGGUGGACGUACUCAAGCGGGCACAGUCCGCUGUGCUCCAUGCGCAGUACGACUUGAUCCAACUCCGCCACCUGCAGGACGAGGGCAAAGAGGCUAUCAAAACCUCAGCAGACUAUGUGAAUAACGAUGCGUUGCUGCAUCAACUGAGGGCGCAGAGUAAACAAGAAGAUGCAGUGCAGCAUCUAGAAAGGGGCGUGCGGCUGAUGCGAAACCUACUAAAGGACCCAAUACAACAAAAACCGAACAACAACGCGGUGCCGCAGGAGGCACCUCAACAACAACAACAAACGGAAAGGAGCGAGCAGGAGUUGAAAAUAAAUGCGGUGAAGCAGGCAAUGCAGCGCUACAUCGAGGGCCAGCGCAACCUCAAACAACAGUGGGAGUGGGAAUUACAUGCCAAACUCACAGCUAAGGACGACUGCAUCGACGAAGUGCGCCACAACGCAGCAGAUUUAGUGAGACGGGUAACGGAGCGGCGGGUGCUUGCGCGCGCGCUGCAUAAGUGGCGUAGGCGCACGGCAAGUCUGGUCGCUGGUUGCGAAAGAAACAUUGUAGCGCAGGAGCUAGGAAGAAUGAGGACGACACUUGCCAAGAGCUUUGCAGCAGCUCGGGCUGUAGUUGUUUUGCGGCAGCGCUGUUUCCACCGAUGGCACUUGCAGAUGAUGCGCUCGUUGAUGCGAAAGGAACAGCAAAAGCAUGAGGAGCUGAGUAUGAAGCUACAACACGCGGAAGAGGAGCUGCAACGGCAACACGAUGUACUUAUAGAAGCUUUAGAUGCCAAAAGACCUGACGCGGGACUGAAGCUGCAACGACAGCAGCAUGAGGAAAUAUUGCGGCUUAGGUCAGUGGUAGACGGGAUGGUGCGUGAGUUCAAGGAGCGGACCGACACUUACAUUCGACAGCAGGAGGAACUAUCGCAGUACUAUGAGGAGCGCCAGGCGAUGCUCAUGGAGGAAGUAGUCAUCGCUGAAGUACGUCGACAACAGCAGGAUGAAGUGUUGCGGUGUAGGGUAUUUGAAACUUCGAAGCAUAAGCAGUGGACCGAGGCGCUUUGUGGUCUUGUUGCUGAUUGUGUCAAGGAGAAAGCACUUGCACUGUAUAACGAGGCGCUGGCAGCGAACAACGAUUCGAAUCAGUAUUGUAACGAAUUGGAAGCCCUGUUGUUGCAGCAGCGGCACGAGGUAAUAGAGUCGCUGAAAGCUCGCGUUCAAGAACUUGAGCGCCGCUGCGCGGAGGCGGGGGAACUCUUAGAUGGGUGCAAUAAUGAGUUGCAUGAGCGAAACAUCGUCAUUCGUAGCCUGAAGGAGACCUUCUCACAACGGUUACUUCGUGUCACUACCACGCAACGUAUGCAUGGCUACUGGGUCCUGUGGCAGAGACAUGCGGAGGUUCGUCGCCAAAAUAGGCGGCUACACGAUGAAAGAAUAGUGGCCCAGCAGCAGCGGCUAGUAGUAAUGGAGGAGAUGGACCGACGGUGUAUUAUUCAGUUGGAAGAUUCGGCUCUGAAGUUGGUCGGGUCGUGGAGGAGCUGCUCGCAAGCGGAGGUGUUGUCGGAGGAGACGCUUGCUGAGCUUUCGGAGACGAGUACGCUUUGCGCUUCACUUCAAGAGGAAGUGGGGCAGCUUAGGUCGUACAACGCUGAGUUACUAGAUACACAAAAUGCUCAAGUGUCGGCCUGGUUUGCUUCAAAACUAGAGUGCUUGCUCGAAGCAGAGCAUGCACGGCGCAUGGAGCUACGCUACAGCGAGCUGCGUACUCGCAAGGCUCUUGAUAGAAUGACAGCGGAUCACAACACCGCGGUGAUGAGACAGAAAUGUGCUGCAAUGCAGGUCCAGCUCGACAACUCGCUGAAGCAGCUUCAUCAUGUUGGUGCUCUCGUUGCUGAGUAUUGUGCGCGGAGUGCAUUCAAUUGUUGGUUGUUGAGCACUGAGCGAAGGCGACACAAGCGAGUGGCAGACAAAACGAGGUCGUGUAUCACUAUUGGCUCCGUCAGGAGCCUGGACGAGUCGACGCAGCACACCAUUAGUGCACCAAGCAAGGAAUCAGGGUCACUUCAGAUGCAACCACACCAUUCGGGGUGGGACAACGCGAGUGAAGUAUUACUGCAGCGAGGGCAAGGUGUGGAUCAGCAAAGUAACGUCACAAACAUGGAGCGCUUGCGGUAUAGUACCACCAGUGGGGUCAGCUCGUCUCCCACGGAAACGUGUGUGCGGGUGGGGGACGUAGAGCAAUUGAUGGGGGUGUGUCACCCGCCAUGGACACCCUUAGUUGCUGUCAGUGGGGAUCCCCAUAAAAGUCCCGGUGGUAUACAGUUGAACAGUGUCAUGCAUUUCAUUUUAGCUGAACGGGACACGGUUAUAGAGUACACUCACAACGUCGCGAGUGCGGUGUGGAGCGCCGCUGCGGAUGCUAUUGUUGCACAGCAGUGUGCGCACAAAGCGAUAGUGGAGGAACUACAGCAGUACCAGUCUUUUCUGGAAAAGCGCAUAGCCGUUUCUGGAGCCGCAGAUGCAGAGGCGCCUUACCAGCAGCAGGAGGCAGCUGAUCGCAUCAAGUUCUUGCAGGAGCAGUGGGAGAAGUCGGAAUCAAACACCAACAACUUGAGACUGCAGCUGGAGCAGCUGCAGGCACAACAGGAAAAGGAAAGGGCAACUCAGAAGCGAAUAGAAUCUCAACUUGCGUCAGUAAGAGAAAGUAGGGACCGCUACGAGAAGGAGGUGGAGGUGUUGCAGCGGCGUGUAGGGGAGCAGUGGGAGCAUAAUGAGCUUGUUAAAGAGAAACUUUUGGCCUCCCAGCAAGACAUCAAAUCACUUCAGGCCAAAAUAGAGGAAGAAAAGAACCGGUAUAAGGAGGAUGUUGGUGCAUUGCGGAGACGGAUAGACGAAUACAAGGUCCAGGAUGAGAAGGCACACCAAAAGCUGCUCGAUGCACAAAAACAAAUAGAGUCGCUACUUGCCACCUUGGAGGAGGAGAGGUAUCAUCAUCAGGUGGAAGUAAUGAAGUUAGAGGAGCAAGUGGAGGAUCAAAAGUUACAAGAGGAAAAGGCGCAGAGAGCCGUUGAUAUUGCUAGUGCAAGCCAAAGUCGAGAGAUCUGCAUGCUCAGGGCGGAGACGGCGCGCCUGUCUGCACAGUUAGAGGAGGCCCAGAAGGAGAACGAACUAAACAGUGCUCUACGUGACACCAUAAGGCAGUAUGAACGGACGCUCGCUUCGUUGGAGAAAGAUGUAGUUGUACGUACAGGUGAAUUCAGUGCCUCCCUGCAAACGCUGGCGGACUUGGACGGUUUUUCCAAUACACUGCUCCUACGCCACAAGCAAGAUGUGGAGCAGUUGUUCGAGUUAUCGAAAGUGGUGGGAGGAAGCGGUGGCGGAUAUCUUAUAGAGUCAGCAAAGGCUGCGUCAGAAGGACAGCAGGCCGAGGAAGUAGACGCGAGUACUGCAGAGGGGACUGUGAAGAAGCAAGAGCAGCAAAACAGUGGGGAGCUGCAGCAGCGGCUGAGCGAAUCGCAACAGCUUGUGGACUCGCUGCUCUCUACGCUGGAGAAGAUCAACGAACAACACAAGAAGGAGGUGACUGAGCUGCAGCAGCACUUGAAGGAGCAUCGGCGACGGGAGGAGAAAAUGCAGAAAGCAGCCGCUGCCGCGCGUGCAAACUAUGAGCGAGAAAUGUGUGUGCUACGGGCGGAAGGAAAGCGACUCACUGCCCAGGUUGAGGAGCUCAUGGCGAGUACCAGUACUGCUGAGCAGAAGCGGGAGUUAGUGGGGCUGGAAACACAGAAGCAACUGGAAGAGGCACACAACGAGGUGAAAGGGCUUAAAACGGAGCUGAAGACAAUGGCGAUGCAUCAUGCCAUUGAGUGUGACCGCCUCCGCACAACGGUCGACGAGCAACGAACCACUAUUGAAUCACUAAAGAAGGGGAUAUGCGGUAGCCACAAGGAUGGUACCGGCUAUGGACUUGCAACCGGCGAUUUGCUGCAGCUUAUGGAGGAGAUGGUUGGCUUGGCCUGUGAGCAUACGAACGAAAAGGCGCAGUUGUAUUUAACGUGCUGCGCAGGGGAGUGGUUCAGGCAAGAGUGCAUAGAGGGCGAGAGGAGGUACAGCAGGGGCGCAUCGGAGUUACGUGAGUGCAUGGAACUGUUGUUAACGACACUCGGCCGAACCAAUGCCCAAUACCAAAAGGAAAAAGAUGACAAUGAAAAACAAAUGGAGGCAUUGCAGCAACUGAUUCGGCAGCAGCAGCAGCAAAAUGAUGCCGAACAAGAAGCAGGGGCAGAGGAAGGGUGCAAACGGCCCACAGAGUGUCCGCUGCGUUCUUCUGCAGGCGCAGAGGGUGGAGUUACAUCAUCUCAGCCAUGGCUUUGCUGUCGUUGCGAUUCGCCACUGCAGCGUGAAAGGAGCAAAGCGGAGGUAGUUCAAUCUAUUGCCCGUUACUCCGAUAUGUUACAACAACAACACGACAAAAAUCGCAGCCGGCUUGAGCAACUCAACAAACUCGUGGCCCAGGUCGAUGAGCUUAUGGAGUAUGGCCGCUCUCUUUCCCUCCCCGAGCAAUAA